AUGGCUCAUACACUUAAAUGUGCAUUCUCUCAUAUACUCAUCCUUGUAGAUAUAAGUGAAGGUGGUGCUUGUGGAUAUGGAAAAGCUGUUGGACAACCUCCAUCAUCUUCAAUGAUAUCAGCCGGAAGCCCUCUCAUCUAUCAAUCGGGCAAAGGCUGUGAUUUUAUCAACAUAAUUUGGAAAUUGUUUAUUUCUAUACGUAACAUUGUUAUUAAUGGGGAUGGUGAUCUUAAAAAAGUUGAACUUAUGGAAGCAUUUGGCUACACUUGGGUUACAAUGCAACAAUCAUGGGGUGCUGUUUGGAAAUAUAAUAAACAGUCACUACUAAGAGCACCAUUUUCUAUUAGGCUAACCACAAUUGAGUUUGGGAAGAUAUUUGUAGCAAAGAAUGUGAUCCCGGCGGGUUGGAAGCCUGGUUAG